GGCGGUUGGUUCAAGUGUAAACAAAAUGUCGAACACAAAAUCGAAUCAACUUGAUACAACCGAGAACAGUACAAUGGCAGGACUAAUAAGAAUUCCUCUAGGACACAUCGUUGUUAGUGGGAGAUGGCGUAAUUCGGACUUGGUUGAAGUUUUACAAUCAUCAAUUCCUGUCCAUUUCGAAGACAAUUUAGCUGUGGUUGAUUUUUAUCCAUCAAAUUAUACAGGGGUUAUUUAUAUUAGUGAGGCAGAUAUUGUUUCUUCAACUGGUUACAAAAGGAAAUUGGCUAAAUUAAGAAAGGCAAAUAAAGUAAGAGGUAUUGUGAUAGCUGAAAAAAGUCCUGUCAGUGAGCAGUAUAUCUUAGAUCUACAGAAAUUUGCCAAUUUAGAAUUAGGAAUGGUUUUGUUGUUAGUUGAAAAUCAGACGGAAGCUGCUAAGCUGCUGAUUCAAAUGGUACAUGUGGAAAUUAAAACUGACAUUAAUCCUUUGAUGAAGAAACCAAAACCGUGUAGUUAUGAUGAGGCUGUAUUAAAUACUUUAAUGUGUGUCCCUAAAUUGGGUGAAGUGAAAGCUAAAUUAAUUCUACAAACUUACAAAAGUUUGAAGGAUGUCUGUAAUGCACCAACUGAGAGCCUUGGAAACAUUGUUGGAAUGGCAUGUGCUAGAAAUAUUAAAAAGUUUUUUGACAAUACAUGAACAAUAUUUUUAAUAUGUAAAAGGAGAAUGACAUUGUUGGGAUCAGUGUAUCUGAGAUAUCUACUCUGUGAUUUCACAUCAAGAGUCUGUGCCAAUGAUUUGG